AUGCCCAUCCACAAUCGAUUGGAUGACGAAGCAGCAUCUCGUCUGUGGCACAUCACAGUGCGGCAAGAUUUGCCCACAUACAGCUUGGAUGACGUGCAGAAGCAUAAUGCACCCGAGCAAGGUAUUUGGAUAACCUUUGGCUUGGGUGUCUACGAUGUUACAGAAUUCGUACCCAAUCAUCCUGGCGGCGAUAAGAUUAUGAUGGCUGCCGGCAGCGCUAUCGAUUCGUUUUGGGCCAUCUACCAGCAGCACAAUACGUUGGAGGUGCUGGAACUACUCGAGGGCUUUCGCAUAGGCAAUCUGCAAAAGGAUGCGGUUGCUGCCAAUGUGGAGGAAGAGCUCGGCUCACCGUGGGCACAAGAGCCAAAGCGCAAUGCAUUGCUGAAGCCCGCCAGUGAGCGUCCCUUCAAUGCAGAGACGCCUUUAGCUUUGCUGGGCGAGCAUUUCUAUACGCCCAACGAGCUCUUCUAUGUGCGCAAUCAUCUGCCCGUGCCUGUGAUCCAGGCAGAGCAGUAUGAGCUGGAGCUGGACGUGGAGGCGGGCGCAGCUGCUGGCCAGCCGACGCGCACUCUGACGCUGGCGGAGCUCAAGGCGCUGCCCAAGCAUUCUGUAACUGCGGCCAUUAUGUGCGGCGGCAAUCGUCGCUCCGAAAUGACACGAGUGAAGCCAGUGAAGGGCUUAUCCUGGGGCCCUGGCGCUGUAGGCAACGCCAAGUGGUCGGGUGCACGUUUGUGCGAUGUGCUGCAAGCAAUGGGCGUGCAACCGAAUGAGGACUUGCAUGUUUUAUUCGAGGGCGCCGACUUGGAUCCCACAUCGCAUCCCUAUGGCGCUUCGAUACCGCUCUCCAAGGCCUUGGAUCCACGUGGUGAUGUGGUGCUGGCCUAUGAAAUGAACGAGGAGCCACUGAAUCGAGAUCAUGGCUAUCCCAUACGUGUCAUAGUGCCGGGCAGCGUGGGUGCACGCAAUGUCAAGUGGCUGACACGCAUUAUAGUGGCGGAUCAUGAAUCGGAUUCGCAUUGGCAGCAGAACGAUUACAAGGGCUUCAGCCCCAGCACCGAUUGGGAUACGGUGGACUUUAAGAAGGCGCAGGCAAUACAGGCCAUGCCUGUGACCUCUGCCAUAUGCACCCCGCUGCCAAAUGAGCGCGUUAAACCCGACGCUGAAGGAUUUAUAACAGUGCGCGGCUAUGCCUGGAGCGGCGGAGGUCGUCGCAUCGAACGUGUGGACUUGACCAGCGACGGUGGCAAGAGCUGGCAUGUGGCGCAGCUGGAGCAAGAGACUGUGCCCGAUGGUCGCCAUUACGGCUGGUCGCUGUGGACUGCACGCUUGCCGCUUAGCGCGGAGCAGCGCAAGCAAGAGGGUCUGGAAAUCUGGGCCAAGGCUGUGGACUCGGCCUACAAUGUGCAGCCAGAGGCCUUCGAGCAUAUCUGGAAUCUACGCGGAGUGCUGGCCAAUGCCUAUCACAAGGUUCCAGUUAAAUUAAGCUAA